GUGAGUGUUGAUCGCUGAGAUUAAUAAUGGAACGAAAAACAUGUGGUGUUGGGGGUGUGUGGUGCAAGUUCAAGCCACACUUGUUGAUGAUCUUAGUUCAGUUAAGCUAUUCCAUCUUGUAUUUCAUCACAGAGGCUUCUUUCAAUCAUGGCUUCAAUCCUUACGUCUAUGUGACCUACCGGAGUAUUGUAGCUGGCCUUGCAUUGUUGCCUUUUGCAUACUUUCUUGAGAGAAAAAUGAGGCCGAAGUUGACACUGGCUCUCUUCUUGGAAAUUUUUGUGCUUUCUUUGUUGGGGGUAAGUUUGAGUCUGAACAUGUACUUUGCCAGCCUAAAAUACACCAAUCCAACCUUUGUGACUGUAGUAUACAACACUGUGGCUUCUAUGACCUUUGCUAUUGCGGUGAUACUCAGGAUGGAGGUUAUAAACCUGCACAAUCCUCGAAGUAUAGCAAAGGUAGUUGGAACUUUGGUCUCUUUAGGUGGGAUAAUGAUCGUGACACUAUACAGAGGGCCUAUAAUAAGAAAUGUAUGGCCCCCUCUGAUUCAUAUUCAUAAAAAUGAUCAUAUCCAUGAGGAGUGGUUCAAGGGAUCGCUCCUUGUAAUUGCAAGCUGUGUAGCAUGGGCCAUCUGGUACAUUAUGCAGGCAUAUAGCUUGAAAAGAUACCCUGCACAAUUAUCAUUGACUACGUGGAUGGCACUAGUUGGAGGAGUACAAUCAGCAGUUUUCACAUUGAUAGUGGAACAUAACAUAUCGGCCUGGACUGUAGGAGUUAAUAUUGACCUGUUGUCCAUAUUAUAUGGUGGAGUUCUGGGUUCUGGUUUGUCAAUUUUCAUUCAACUGUGGUGCACCGAAGAAAAAGGCCCAGUUUUUGUCACCAUGUUUAAUCCUCUUCCUACAAUUUUCGUGGCUGUUCUUUCAUACUUCGUCGUCGGUGAUAAACUUCAUCUGGGCUGCAUCGUUGGGGCACUGGUAGUGGUGAUUGGGAUGUACUUGAUGAUUUGGGGCAAGGAAGAAGAGCAAGAGGGUGAUAUCAGCAGUACAAAACAGAGAUUCAAAGGCACUUCCAAUGAUCCCCAAAAGCAGAGCAUAGCCGCUGGAACUGAUGAAAUGCCUUUUGAUCUUUAAGAGUGAGAAAACUAUGUUAGCAUUUCCAAGGAAAAGGUCGAGCUGUACAUAAGUAAAUCAGUUCACUCUUACCUAAAACGCAGUUUCUUACCCUAAUUGAAUUGCUUGAG